GCCGACCGGCUGCCGGCAGGGGCGAAAUGGCGGCGGCGGCCGUGAGGGGAUGGCGGCGACCUUUGCGGGCGUUCCGCUGGCCGGGGCCAGCGGCCUGCCAGGCCUUCUCUCGUCAGUUCCACUUCACAGUUUACGGAAAGAAAAGUGCAUCUGCUAAAGUAUCGGAUUCAAUUUCAACUCAGUAUCCCGUCGUGGACCACGAAUUUGAUGCCGUGGUGGUGGGCGCAGGAGGUGCCGGGCUGCGAGCUGCAUUUGGCUUGUCUGAGGCUGGCUUUAACACAGCAUGUGUUACCAAGCUCUUCCCUACCAGGUCCCAUACUGUCGCUGCACAGGGAGGAAUCAAUGCUGCUCUGGGGAACAUGGAAGAAGAUAACUGGCGGUGGCAUUUCUACGACACGGUGAAAGGCUCGGACUGGCUGGGGGACCAGGAUGCCAUUCAUUACAUGACGGAGCAGGCCCCGGCUGCCGUUAUUGAGCUGGAGAAAUACCUGAAGUUUGGGAAAGGGGGGCAGGCCCAUCGCUGCUGCUGCGUGGCUGACCGGACUGGCCACUCCCUGCUGCACACGCUCUACGGCCGGUCUCUUAGAUAUGAUACUAGCUACUUUGUGGAAUAUUUUGCCUUGGACCUCCUUAUGGAAAACGGAGCAUGUCACGGCGUUGUGGCCCUUUGCAUAGAAGAUGGCACCAUCCAUCGUUUGAGAGCAAAGAAUACGGUCCUUGCCACUGGAGGAUACGGGCGCACCUACUUCAGCUGCACAUCUGCUCACACCACCACUGGAGACGGCACCGCAAUGGUCACACGGGCCGGCCUUCCCUGCCAGGACCUGGAGUUUGUGCAGUUCCAUCCUACAGGAAUCUAUGGGGCUGGCUGCCUUAUUACGGAAGGCUGUCGUGGUGAAGGAGGCAUUCUCAUUAACAGUGAAGGCGAAAGGUUCAUGGAGAGAUAUGCGCCAGUCGCCAAGGACCUAGCUUCAAGGGAUGUUGUAUCUCGUUCUAUGACCAUCGAGAUCCGUGAAGGAAGAGGAUGUGGGCCCGAGAAGGACCACGUGUACCUGCAGCUGCAUCACCUGCCUCCGCAGCAGCUAGCGAUGCGUCUCCCGGGGAUCUCGGAGACGGCCAUGAUAUUUGCUGGGGUGGAUGUGACGAGGGAGCCCAUUCCUGUCCUGCCCACGGUGCAUUACAAUAUGGGGGGGAUCCCGACUAACUACAAAGGACAGGUGAUCACUCAUGUCAAUGGCCAGGAUCAGGUCGUGCCAGGCUUGUAUGCUUGUGGCGAAGCGGCAUCUGCGUCCGUCCACGGGGCCAACCGCCUGGGGGCAAACUCUCUCUUGGACUUGGUGGUCUUUGGCCGCGCCUGUGCUCUUAGUAUUGCGGAAUCCUGCAAGCCCGGAGAACCAGUUCCGUCAGUUAAACCAAAUGCAGGGGAAGAAUCUGUCGCAAACCUGGACAAAUUGCGCUUUGCCAAUGGAAACCUAAGGACAUCAGAACUGAGGCUUAAUAUGCAGAAGACCAUGCAAACACAUGCCGCUGUGUUCCGUACGGGCUCUGUCCUCCAGGAGGGUUGUGAGAAACUGAGCAGCAUCUACAAGGAUCUGGACAAUCUGAAGACAUUUGACAGAGGGGUGGUCUGGAAUACUGACUUGGUGGAGACUUUGGAACUUCAAAACCUGAUGCUUUGUGCGUUGCAAACUAUUUAUGGUGCCGAAGCUCGGAAAGAGUCGCGUGGUGCUCACGCAAGGGAGGACUACAAGGUUAGGAUAGAUGAAUAUGACUAUUCCAAACCAACUGAAGGACAACAGAAGAAACCAUUUGAUCAGCACUGGAGAAAGCACACCCUCUCGUAUGUCGAUGUCGGGACUGGGAAGGUUACUUUGGAGUACAGACCUGUCAUCGACAACACUCUAAAUGAAGAAGACUGUGCCAUGGUCCCACCUGCUAUUCGUUCCUAUUAGUGAUUUAAUGCACCUUUUUGUUAUCUGGAGGCUGCGUGUUAUGGCUGAUCAUCUUACUAGACAACCGUUACGCACAAUAGUGGAUGAAAUUGUCAUCUUUGAGAGUCUGUUCCAUAGCACAGAAGAGAGGCCCAUUGCUUCACGGGUGAUAAAACCUAGCAAUAUUCAACUCAUGCCUCAAUAAAGUAAUCUACCAGUAUGUACACACCUGAGUCAAUUUCUGGUUUUCUUUGAAUAUCAGGCUCUGCACACAAGGGUUUUAUCUCUUGCUUCUGACUAUGCUUUUUGUAUUGAUUCUCUUAAACAUUUGAAAGGGUAAAUGCAAUGUGAUUAUUGAGAAUUGGCUUCUGUUGAAAUGAAACAACAUUUUAGGGCACAGUUCAGUGGACCUAAAUGUGCUUAAGCACCAAACCACUGGCUUGUUGCCUUAAUUUUAUAUCUCUGCCUUCUACCUUGUAUGCUGUUUAAUUUGUGGCAAUUUUGGCAUGAACUGUGAAGUUUACAAAAGUACCAUAGUACACAUGUUAAAGGUUAGUAGGACUUCCCUGUAACACACUUAAGUAUUUCUUCUCUUUCAAGGUAAUACAGUAUAUCGUUGGACAUGUGGGAGUUUAUACCAUUAUAAUAUUCUUAACGGACAUCUUAAACUAAUUUUCUUUUCUGUUACUGUUCAUUUGACCCCGUGGUUCCGAACAGCCUCUGAGAGUUUGUUUAAGCAACUAAUGGAAAGCUACCCACAAAAUGGGAUCUCCCCAACAAAAUUUGAUAGGGUUUAUGCAGUUGUUUUAGAAUGGUAAACACUAAUAUUCAUGGUAAGAGAAGGUUGUUGGGAAUAUAUCCCUAGAAAGGGCCGGACUGUAUGAAACAGGUUUUCUUUCUGUCAGAUGUAUAAUACCAAUGGAGCUUCAGUUCAGAACAUGCACUGUAUGUUAAAAAAACAAAAACUCUCUCCUAAAUAUACGCUGCUCUUAUUUAAUGCAUAUUAUUGUAAGUUAUAUUAUAUUUUGUAUUGUACAAGUUCAGCCGAUUAAGCAGCAAAAGAAUUGAAGAACGGUUUUGUAGCCUCCGAGACAAUUAUACGAAUCUCUCCGUUAACUUUCCUGAAUGUGUCUCCUUUCUCCAGCGGCUCAGCCAUCUUCCUGUGAUGAGAACUGUGGCACAUGCAGAGCAAAAUCUCUUCCGUUGUCUUUGCUGUGCACGAGUAAGAAUGCUCUGGGUUGGUUUCAGACCUCUUCAGUGGGAACCCUGGUGGUGGUGGUGGGAAGUGCCUGCCGUCAAACUGCUACUGAUGUA